GAAGAAGAAGAACACGACCAGGGAAAAAAAAAAGUCACCCUUCGAAGAUUCCCAGGGAUCUAGUAAUCGAGAUCAAAGUGGGUUUCAAUCUAAAUAAGCAACGAUGAUGAAUCGGCUAUUUGGGAAACCCAAGCAUGAGGGUAAUGCUCUUCAGACAUUAGACAAGCUCAACGAGACGCUUGAGAUGCUAGAGAAGAAGGAGAAAGUGCUCCUGAAGAAAGCUGGGCAAGAGGUUGAGAAAGCCAAAGAAUACACUCGCGCUAAGAACAAACGCGCGGCUAUACAGUGUUUGAAAAGGAAGAGGCUUUAUGAGCAACAAGUGGAACAGCUUGGCAAUUUUCAGCUCCGUAUUCAUGAUCAAAUGAUUAUGUUAGAAGGCGCAAAAGCAACAACAGAAACUGUUGAUGCCUUGAGGAGUGGUGCUGCUGCAAUGAAAGCUAUGCAGAAAGCUACAAACAUAGAUGAUGUGGACAAGACAAUGGACGAGAUCAAUGAGCAGACAGAGAACAUGAAACAGAUCCAAGAAGCAUUGUCUACUCCUAUUGGCGCAGCUGCUGACUUCGACGAGGAUGAGCUUGAAGCAGAGCUUGAAGAGCUAGAAGGUGCAGAGCUUGAAGAGCAACUUCUUCAGCCGACACCAAUGCCUUCAGUUCCAGGGCGUCAACCAGUCCGUCCAGUUGGUCCUAAGCGGACAGCUGAGGAAGAAGAACUCGCUGCAUUACAGGCUGAGAUGGCCCUCUAAUCAUCUAUAGCUCGAGCAGAUUUGUUUAUGCAUUGAUGAUAAACAAGAACAUGCGAUGUAUAUAUAAAAGGAUCCCCGAGUAAAAAUUAAACUGGAGCAGAAUCAUCGUCAUGAAUGCUAUCAACAAUUUACUUCUUUUCAUAUAUUUUUAUCGUUUUGUAAUUUUCAAGUGACAUUUAUGCUUUUUUUUCCGGUAAUAUUCUGCGUUACUACUUUGUCCUUUUGAAUGAGAUGCAUUAUCAUUAUCCUCAAAUUAAAAUCCUUUCACAGCU